GUAAAGUUUGAUAAAGUUCAAAGUUUAACUUUCUUUACAAUAACCAACUGACGGCACCAUUUGCUAGAUUUGAGCAUUUUUACAAUCCAUAUCUAUAUAUUCAUCUCCGUUCCGACCAUAGAAAUUUCCUCACCAUCCCCCAGGGCCUCGUCCCUCAAACUCAAAAAUGCCCUCUGUCCCCACCCCCUCCAAAGCCGGCAUCGUCGAAACUCAAACGGGCGAUCGUCACAUCCCCUCCUCCACGCGCGCCGACGGUACAAAGCGCAAAGAGAUAAAAAUUCGUCCAGGGUAUAAACCCCCCGAGGAUGUCGAAGUAUACAAAAACCGCACUGCAGAAAACUUCAAGAAUCGUGCUAGUAGAGGUCCACCUGGCGCUGAGAGUUUGAAAGACGAAUCAACUACUGCGGGGUCAGCGGCUAGCAACAAAAACGCAAAAAGGCGGGAGGCGAGGAAGAAAGCUGCAGAAAACGCAAAGGAUGGGGAUACGGAGCUGAAGGGGAGUCAAGCAGAUAAUUGGAGAGAAGGAAAGCAAAACGGGGAUGGGGAAGCGGAAAAGAAGGAGGAGGUUGAUCUGGAAGCGGAGAGGGAGAAGAAGGCGAGGAACCUGAAGAAGAAGUUGAAGCAGGCCAAGGAAUUGAAAGAAAAAAGUCAGCAGGAUGGCGCAAAACUGCUACCAGAGCAAUUUGCAAAGGUUAUCAAGAUCAAUGAGCUGAUCAGGGAAUUGGAUCAGCUUGGAUUUGAUGCCGAUGGGGAGCCAAAGGCUAAGAGCGAUGCAAAGGAUACUGCAGCUACGGAAGAUGCCUUGCCCACAGAAGAUUUGAAGGAGUGAUUUUGAUUUUCUUGUUACAUCAUCGAAACACAUUACUAUACGAACGGCGUUAAGUCUGGAUUAAACAACGGCGGCAUUUGAAGCGGCAACAAGCGCGUCUUGGAGUUAUACUUUAUGGGUAGAAAGAUUUCAAAAUCAUAGCAUA